CCGAGGCACCUGACCCCCCUCCCCCAGCCCCACUCCCACCCCCACCCAGUUCCCAGCGACUCUCCGCCCCCAGCCAUGGUGUCCGGCACGGAAACCGUGCACUACAUCCACCUGCACAACUCCAGCCAGUCGGUGCUGGAGGCCCUGCGGACGCAGCGGCGCGAAGGCCUCUUCUGCGACGUGACCGUCCGGAUACACGAUGCCUCCCUGCGAGCCCACGCCUGCGUCCUGGCGGCCGGCAGCCCGUUUUUCCAGGACAAGCUCCUGCUGGGUCACUCGGAGAUCUCCGUGCCGCCGCUGGUACCCGCGGAAACCGUGAAGCAGCUCGUGGAUUUCAUGUACAGCGGCUCCCUGGUGGUGCUGCAGUCGCAGGCCCUCUGCAUCCUGACAGCUGCCAGCAUCCUGCAGAUCAAGACGGUCAUUGAUGAAUGCACCCAGAUCAUCUCUCAGAGGAAGGCGGCGGCGGAGGCGGCGAGUGCAGCUGCAGCGGCAGCCGCAGCAGCAGCUGCAGGGACAGGAGCCGGAGGAGGGAUGCUUGCUGGAGUUCUCCCAAAACAGGAAGAGCGUGGCCUGGGCAAAGGGAGGGAGAGCGGCAGCAGUGGGAGCUGCUCUGUUGGUAGCGCAGGCGGCGUUGGAGGUUAUGCAAACUUCUCUAAUUUCAUGACAGAAUGUGGGGCUAGCAACAUGGCCGGGGGCUUGGGGGGCUCCAGCGUUAGUGACAGUGGGCCGGGCCCCUUGGAUCAAAGUAGCACUGUUAGCCUGAUGGCGCUGGGGGAGAUGGGGCCCGGCUCGAUGUGCGGCGGAGACGGGAUGCCCCCCGGUGCCGGCCCGGUCCUCAUGAAGCAGACCUCCAGCUGCACUCAGGACGUCCGGUACAAGCUGCGAGACCUGCUGGCGCAGACCGCCAACGGAGCUGGCACCAGUAGCACGGGAAGCCUGUCUGCAGGCUGCAGCUCCGGGGUGGGCAGCGUGGACAGCGUCGGCAGGGACAGCCUCCGUGGCAACGCUGGUGACCUCUCCGACGACCUGGUGGGGAUGGACCGCUAUAGCGAGGAGGAGGACCUGGACGGGAGGGAGCGGGGAAGAGACGGAGACAGAGACAGGGGGGCGAGCCACAGCCGCAAGCAGAGGCAGCCGCUAAGACUCCAGGUGCUGGGAGGAGAGGGAGUCGUGGUUAAAGAUGAAGGCGUGCAGGACUCGGAUGGGACCGUCUAUUCCCUGGAGGACGGGAGGCGGGACCAAGAGCAGGAGGGCGCCCAGGACUCCAUGGCCAGCUUCGGACAGGAUUUCUACGAUGACCAUGGGGUUUUCUCAGAGAGUUUCUGGCCUCAGAGUGAACCUCCUCAAGCCAUGGCGUUUAACCCCAGAGGAAGGGUCAACAAGCCGCUGACUCCGCCUCCAUCCUCGCAGUCCAUCAACAACCAGCUUCUUUUCCAGUACCCAGUGAGCCACUCGCAGCCUCCCCCGUUCUACGUGGGAGGACCCAUGGGAGGGAUGGACAACAUGGCGGGAAGUGAGCCGUCCCAACAGGCUCCGCCCCCAGCGCCGAUGACCCCCGUCCCCACUUCUUCAGCGUCCUCCUGUUCGGCAGGGCCCUCUCCUUCCUCCCAGGGAUCUGAGACCUCGUUCGACUGCACGCACUGUGGCAAAUCUUUGCGAUCCAGGAAGAACUACAGCAAGCACAUGUUUAUCCACUCGGGUCAGAAACCUCAUCAGUGCUCCAUCUGCUGGCGCUCCUUCUCCCUGCGGGACUACCUCCUCAAACACAUGGUGGUGCAUACUGGCGUCCGGGCCUUCCAGUGCACCAUGUGCGGCAAACGCUUCACGCAGAAAAGCUCCCUGAACGUGCACAUGCGCACCCACCGUGCCGAGCGCACCUUCCAGUGCAAUGUUUGCCACAGGGCAUUCACCCACCGCACCUUGCUGGACCGCCACGCCUUGCAGCACGCCCACCACGCCCCGCAGACCCUCGGCCCGGGUCAGGGGCGUGGAGCCGACAUGACCUCACCUACCAAGCACAGUCCUCCAGGUAUGGGAGGAACCUCAGGUAUGGCUGGCUCAGCCGCUAUGGUUGGCAGCAUGCCGAGCAUGGCCAGCCAUGGAGCUUCCUCCACCUAAAUACAGGAGGAAAUGGGAGAAAGGGAAAUUCAGGGGAGAGGAGGAGGAGGAGGAGGAGAUUAGUUAGCUCAUUCCUCAAACCAACGCUUAACACUUUUUUUUUUUUUUUUCAUUAUUUGGUGGUAACAGCACUUAAAGCAGGGGUGUCCAAACGUAUCGUCACGUAGGUCGAAAAUAUAGAUUCAAAAGGCCAAAAACACCCAACCUAAAAUCAGUCAAAUAAAGUAGCCUUCACAUAUUAUAGAUCCAAAACUUGGCAGUAUCAGGACCUUUGUAGAUAGAAAAAAAGAUCACAUUUUUGCCAAAAACUCAGAAAUCUUGUCAUUAAUCUGAGACAUUUUCUAGAAAACUUUAAAUUUUUCAAAAGAAAAGUUUUGACAUUUCAAUUAAAAAAUUUUGUAGAAAGUUCCUGAUAUUAAUCUAAAAGUUUUAUUAAUUUUUUUUCUUGUUUUUUCUAGAAAAUUUCUGAGAUUACCCUCAAAUGUUUUAAGGUUUUUGCCAGAAAUCUGCUACUUUUUUAUUUUAUAAGACCCUAAUACUCCUUCGUAGAUUUUGCAUGUUUGUAUUAAAAGAACAAAGUCCAGUUUUCAGUUUCUUUGGGCUCAAUUUAAUAAAUUUUCAGUAAUAAGAACAGAAACUGGGUUACUUUGUUUCAAACCGUUUGCUAUUUUUAGCUGAGUUUAAGAAAGAAUAAAAGAUAAUUCUGGGUGCAGCAAAGUUGGCUUUUCAGUAAAAGUCUCUUGGUUUUACCUUUUGUUAAAACUUGGUUCUAAAACCACAAAUACUUUGUGUUGUACUUUAAAUUUCCUGUGUCGGAAACAUUUUUUCACCUUGGUUACGAAUUGAAAGUCUCUGUCUGCAUAAACGGGUCAAAUUUCAAUCAUAUUUGAACUGCAGUUGGGGGCCGCACAAAAUAAGUCCAAGGACCACAAAUGGCCCGUGGGCCUCACGUUGGACACCCCUGGCCUUCAGGCUUACAUGUCUUAUUGCAUUAGCUUAACUCCACCUUCAGUCAGGGUUUGAGGGUUUAGGAGAAAAAGAUGUUCAGUUCCCAGAAAGCUAUAAUAAUAGUUGUAGCCUGAUUAUUAUUUUUUAUUUUAAUUUUUUAUUUGUUUCCUGUGUUGUGAUGUAUUGCUAAGAGCAAAGUGGUAAAUCCAGCACACGUAUGGGCAGCGCUUCGAAAAGUAUCGAAUUAAAAACAUUUUUGUAGAAUAGUGCAGAAACCCUGUUUCAUAAAGUCCAGAGAGAUUAUGAGUUCCAUUCACCUUCGAUGGGUUUCAUUCAGGAUCGGUUCUCUUCUAUCUGUUUAAAGCCAUUUCUAGUCGGUGAGCAAACCCUGAACUGGACCAGUUGGAUGUUUCAAGUGAAAUAUAAACUGUUGGGAUUGUUAUUUUGUUACUUUGGUGGCGGAGUUGAAUGAAUUGCAUAAAACUGACUGGGAAUGAGCGGGUGCUAUGUUUUUAAAAGCUCACCAUCACAAAAACCUCUUAAAGUUUGUUCUUUUCUGAUCUAAGAAGUCUUUCUAAUGAUAUUCUAGAAAAGUUAAUGAAACUCCCAUACACAAAUUAGUUUUUCUGUUUGGAUAACACUGUUUUAGAAGCUAAUAUAUGCAACAUGCGGCUAGAUGUCUGUUGGUAAAAUAAACAGCCUUGUGCAGGCUAGCAACCAGGGAAGCUAACACAGAUGAUAAACAACACAAUGGAAGCUUAUUACACCUUCCAUACAUUAGCGAUAAUAAUAAAACAGCCAUAUAUUACAUGUAGGAGCAGCAUUAAUAGUAAUAUAAUUAAUUUUUAAAUGAAAGCAAUUAAUAUAAUUUUAAACGUGUAAACUUUAAACUUCCUGCUUCGAUUUCAUACACAUAAAGAAACUAUUUCAUAUCCCUUUACUUAAUAGUUUCAGAUAAUUUUAUUUCUCUUGGUAGUUUGUUUUUGAUGAAUUUAUGAUUAUGGGUAACAUUUAUUGAAGCAGAAAAUUUUAUUUAUCACCUCGGCAUCACUAACGUCUCAGAUAAAUUGUUCAAACUUAAUCAUCUGUGCGGUAAUGAAGUGUUAACUUGUGAGUUGACAAUGAAUUUGAAGAUCUGUUCACAUGAUUAAGCAGCUUUAUCUUUAAAAUGUGUGCAGCAGAUUUAUAUGAACUUGAAAGAGUUACUAGCUGCGUUUAAAUUGACAAAAUGCGCAAUUUAAUACUUUGAAAAUAAAUCUGCUUAAUGGAAACACGCCAGCUUCGAAAAA